GUUGUUGUUGUUGUUGUUGUUGUUGUUGUUAUUAUUAUUAUUAUUAUUAUGUAAGUAAUUUUUAUGCCUUUACUCCCAAUAAUAACAAUUACACAGAUAGGCAGAGGGCUAUACUGCAGCUGGCUCUUUUCGCAGGCAAGACCAGAGACUAUAUGAAUUUUGGCUUUUCUUCCACAGUGGCUCAAAUCCGAUAAAAGUCUUUAAUAAAAAUUGUCCAUGAUAAAUCACCCUUACGAACCAGCGAACGCUGUAUUAUAAUAACUGUAAGAAUAUUUGUUUAGCAAAAGAAGUAAUUAUUUUUGCUUGUAUCAUGAUCCACAGGCAGAUGUCCUUCAAAAGGAGCACGGCGUGGAUGUGGUCGUCCUUAUGUUUGGACGGCACGGCAAAGGGACGACCACAUCCUGCUACGGCACAAGAGGAAGGGGCCUGAAGUUUAUCGGGGACCAGCAGGAGGCCAAACCUGACGAGGAUGGCAAACUUGCCUUCCGCUUGUUUGAUAGAUUCAUGAGAGCCCAAAGAAAAACACCCGCGGCAACAACACCACCCACCGGGUCACCCGCGGCGACAACACCACCCACGGCAGCACCCGCGGCGACAACACCACCCACGGUGGCACCCGCGGCGACAACACCACCCACGGGGGAACCCACGGGGGCACCCGCGGCGACAACACCAACCGAGGCGGCGUCAACAUGAACAUAGCAUGCUCCAUGUACAAAACAGAAUAAAUCAGUUUAUUUUUCAA